AUGUCCGACCAAGUGCAAGAGAUCCUCGACCUGCCCAAGGACUUUGUCCGCGAGGGCACUCUGUUCAUGAACCGCUGCACCAAGCCCGACUCCAAGGAGUUUGUCAAGAUCUGCCAGGCCGUCGGCGUCGGUUUCCUGAUCAUGGGUGCCGUUGGCUACAUUGUCAAGUUGAUCCACAUACCCGUCAACAACAUCCUCGUUGGUGGCGCAUAG